UUCUGAUGCCACUGACUGACAGUCUUCCAUUGCAAAUGCAUUACUGUAAGCACGAUUUAAACGGAUAGAUUUGUAUGUACAGCCUAUUUUGGGAGUUUUGAAUCAUAACCCCGGCUUGGUGCGCGCAGGACGUCCCGGGACAGGACUGGAAGCUGAAGGAAUGCUGCUGAUCUCGACUGACUCAGGAGCUCAGUUGCAGCUUUAGUAAAGGUGUCAUGCUGUAUAUCAGUCCGGAUUUUCUGGCUAGUUCACUAUCGCCCUUCUGCUUUGCACGGCUACCGACACACGAACUGAUUCAUCUAACACAGUUACAAUGAAAAGAAACAGCGUUUAUAAGUUUUUGUCAGUAUUUUCUUGUCUAUUAGUUUGUGUUUUCCUUGUGUUUUGGGUUUUUGUCUUUUAUUCGAUGGUUUUGGCACCCUAAGACUUUUUUGGACAUUAACGCAGCACACGAGGAUUUGACACCCAUCUGGUUAACGUCAGCGACUAGUUAAUGUUUUUUGUCAACGUUUAUUCAUCGGGAUAAUAUGAUGCUUCAAAACAUUUAUCAGACAAGCGUGUAUGCUAACAGCGAUUAAGAUCAGAAAUUGUUUUUUUAAAAUGUCAAAAUAUUAAAUAUAAAGCUUUAACCAGUUGUAGCAGCAGCGAAAACGCCACCACGGCUUCCAUUCGGUCGGUACUUGUUUUCUUAUUAAAUUAAUUUUAAAGUAAUUUGUGAAGCGUUAGCUCUGCUCCGAAACCCAAACAAACCGACUGCGCAUGCGUGCAAGCUGCUCCGCGGUCAUAUGACCUCAACCAGGAAGCGCUGUCUGAAUCAAAAGCAUCGGUCCUGAUGGAAGCGGAGUCGACGGAGAGAGGCGCAGCCGCCCCAAAGCUGCAGUUUGCCCCGUUCUGCAGUGCCCUGGAGGCAGGAUUCUGGCAUCAGCUCACCCAGAAGAAGCUCAACGACUUCCGCUUAGAUGAGAGUCCAAAACACAUCAAAGGCUACUACUAUAACGGUGAUCCUGUUGGCUUGCCGACACGCUUGACACUGGAGUUCAGCGCAUUUGAUGUUGGUGGAGCCACACCGGCUCGCUGCUGUCCAGCGCCAGGAACUCUGUACAACACCAACACAUUAGAAGCCUUCAAAACCACCGACAAGAAAGCUCUCCUGGAUAAAGCAGCCAAUGAGAUUUGGAGCGCUAUUCUGUCAGGAGCUGCGCUGGAAGACUCCUCCAUCCUAAACAAAUUCAUCCUCUUGACAUUUGCGGAUCUGAAGAAAUAUCAUUUCUAUUAUUGGUUCUGCUUUCCUGCCCUUUGCUUUCUGGAGGGGGUCCAGCUGGAGCAGGAGCCGGUGUCAUUAGAGCGCAGCUUCUCUGCCAAACAGAUAUUAAGCUUGCAAACGGCGUAUGAUGAUCUUUGCGUCUCGAGUGGAACGACGGCGGUCCCACAUUUUCUACUCAAGUACACAGAAGAAAGUGUUGAAGUCGCGCCUCUAAAAGACUUGAACUCCUUCUUCCCAGACCUAAAGAAGAUUACUGUGGGUGUGUAUGACCCAUGCGCGCUUCCUAAACACCCAGGCUGGCCUCUCAGAAACUUUCUCAUCCUCCUCGCAAAAAAAUGGGGUUCACAGCUGGAUGUGCUGGAGGUUCUGUGCUUCAGAGACAGGACUCUACAAGGGAGCCGCUCGAUCCAGCACAGCAUCAUCUUUCGGGUCAAGCUCCCAGACCUCACGGCUUCUGCAGUAUGUCCAAAGAGUGUGGGUUGGGAGAAGAACCCUAAAGGUGCGAUGGGACCUAGAAGUGUCAAUCUCAGUGAAUGCAUGGAUCCUAAAAGGCUUGCAGAGUCUUCUGUCGAUCUCAACCUGAAGCUGAUGCGCUGGAGGCUGGUCCCGUCUCUGGAUCUGGAUAAGGUUGUGUCGACAAGGUGUCUGUUGCUGGGAGCUGGGACUCUGGGCUGCAAUGUGGCGAGAACACUGAUGGGCUGGGGUGUGAGACACAUCACUUUUGUGGACAACGCGAAGAUCUCCUACUCGAACCCAGUGCGACAGCCGCUCUAUGAGUUUGAAGACUGUCUGAGUGGAGGGAAGGCUAAAGCUCUCGCCGCGGUGGACAGAUUGAAGAAGAUCUUUCCUGGUGUGAUUUCAGAGGGCUACAACAUGAGCAUCCCAAUGCCAGGCCACCCAGUGAAUUUUUCCGAGCUGACAAUGGCUCAAGCUCGGCAGGAUGUGGAACAGCUGGUGAAGCUUAUCUCUGAACACGAUGUGGUCUUCUUGUUGAUGGACACUCGUGAGAGCCGCUGGCUUCCGACAGUCAUCGCUGCUAGCCAGAGAAAGUUGAUAGUUAAUGCUGCUCUGGGAUUUGACACGUUUGUGGUAAUGAGACAUGGCCUUAAGAAACCCAAAGAGUCACAGUCUGAAGAGUCCAGCCCCAUGUCUGCUUCCUCCAACUCCUCGUCUUCCUCCACACCAGCAGCCACCAUCACACCAGGAGCGUCUCUGUUCUCCAACAUCCCUGGACAUCGGCUCGGCUGCUACUUCUGUAAUGAUGUGGUCGCCCCUGGAGACUCCACCAGAGACAGGACUCUGGACCAGCAGUGCACGGUGAGCCGUCCCGGUCUGGCCAUGAUCGCCGGAGCCCUGGCCGUAGAGCUGAUGGUCUCUAUACUCCAGCACCCAGAGGGAGGAUAUGCUGUGGCCAGUAGCAGUGAUGACCGGAUGAAUGAACCCCCGACCUCUCUGGGUCUCGUCCCCCAUCAGAUUCGAGGAUUCCUGUCAAGAUUUGACAACGUUCUUCCUGCAAGUUUGGCGUUUGACAAAUGCACCGCAUGCUCACCGAUAGUUCUUGACAAUUAUGAGCGAGAUGGUUUCCAGUUCCUGGCGAAGGUCUUCAACUCAUCGCAUUCCUUCCUGGAGGAUCUGACCGGCUUGACUUUACUCCAUCAGGAGACUCAGGCGGCUGAGACUUACAUGAGGAUUGAUGUAGUGACCGAGAUGCUGACAGAGCCAUUCAUCUCUCUAACCUGAGCAGAGCCGUCUUUUCAGAUGCUCCUGAACCUAGAGACUUAAUAUCAGUGACAAUCAGCGCGUGAUUCUGCUGUGUCUCCGUGUAGAAAAAAACAAGAGUUUUUCUUUUAAUAAUGAGCAUAUGUUAUCAAAUGAGUUAGCCACUGAGCUUUAUUACAAACUUGAUCGUUACAAAAUCUUAUUUGCCAAUUAUUUGGAAACUGUUUGUGCUGGGUGAUAAAACUCUACUGACCUGUCUACAGAUAAUAAAUAUUUUCAAGUGGAUUUUGAGUAAAUAUUAUGUAGAAGAAGAGUUGAAUUGAGCAGUGUUGUGUACAUCUCUGCUGUCUUUGAAAUGCACAUGUCUCAUAUAUCAGCCGUCAGCUCUGAAAGGCCGUGUUGGACGUCUGUUUAAAGCUUUGGGUGAAACGCUCUUUUCUCAGAACUGUUUUGUUAAGUGGCUUUGCGUGUUGUUACGAUCACAUCAGUGGUUCAGUGUAAAGCCAGCUGUGUUGUAUUUACAGCGACUCUUAGUUAAACAUAUUUGUCUUUCAUCAAGAGGCUUAAAACUCCUAAACUUCCUCACAAGCGAGUACAUGGCUUCUCAUUCAUGGAUAUUUGCAGUGCCAGUGUUUAGAUUAUUCACCUCCCCGUUUCUGAACUGUUUGGCCUUGAUUUGAUUUUAAAUAGGCCAAUCUGUGGAGAAAACACUAAUAUAACACACACUCCUGAAAAUAAUGGGGAUUUUUCACAACAGUGUCACACAAAAAACAUUUUGGGUUUCAUAAAGAACCUUUCAGGGAACAGCUCUUAGAAGAACCAUUUGUCUUCUAUUGCAAAGAAUAUUUUAAUAAUCUAAAGAACCUUUUCCAUCAUAAAGAACCUUUUGUGCUUCAUAGAACCAUCACUGCCAAAAAAGAUCCUUUGCUUUUAGGAGUGCAGUGUAAGUCCACUUUCUAGUUGGAAACAUAGAAACAUAAAACACUACGGUACAUAAUUUGUACCCCAUAGAUAUCAGAGCUGUUUUCAUACUGGGGCAGAGAUACAUUUGAAGUUGAAGCUUGAAAACAUGGAUGUUAAUGACUGAGAAAAUGAGACAUGAAUCUUCUGUACUGCCAUAUAAUAACACACAUGGGCAUAUUACUAACAGAGCACCUCUGCAAAUUUGCUGUCGGUUUACUCAUCCUCAGGCCAUCUAAGAUGUAGGUGGCUUGCUUUCUUCAGUACAACAGUAAACAAGUUUUAGCUGAAAACCUCUGGUCUGUGGUGACUCAUAAAAUGCAAGUCAACGGGUCAAUGGCAAUUUGAGAGUCAAAAAAAAAAAAAACAUACCACAGAACACAAAAUUAAUACCCCCAGCUCAUGAUGAUAUAUUGAGGUCUUAUGAAGCGAAACAAUUGGUUUGUGCAAUAAACUGUACAUUAUUACUAGGGCUGUCCUGGACUAAGGAUUUUUCUAGUCGACUAGUAGUUGUUCAUUUUAAGCAUUAGUCGAUUAAUCGAACGUUUAUUAAUAAACCAUUUAAAUCAUUAUAAUGAGCCUUUAAUUGCCUACAUGGCCUAAUUAGCGCACACAUAAAGCUUGCCACAGCGUGCCGGCAGAAGGAAUGACUAUGAACGUGUCAGGGAAAAACAGUAAGGAGACUGCAUUAACAUUUUAAUAAUUCACUGAUAAACAAGUGCUUUCUUUGUUUCGGUUUAAGAGAUGAAGUCGGCGACACUGACUCGUCACCUCUGCAGUAGUGAUGCACCUUGUUUCAUACGGAUUACAUAAUCUGAGAAUAUUUGCUUUCCAUUUGAAUUGGUUCAUUUGAAAGUAGACAUUUCACACUCUCUCUCUCUCUCUCUCUCUCUCUAUAUAUAUAUAUAUAUAUAUUAAUUUCUGAUAGGCAAGAAUAUACACAGUUUCGCACUCAAGUUCACAGAGACCGAGACGGCAGAAAGCGCAUCCUGUUUGCUUUCAUUAUUUUACAAAAGCGCAAUGUCGACUAUUAAUUAUUACCUGCAAUCCUCAGGCAAACACAACAGAUACCUGAUUCUUU